GCCUCUGAGCUUCUUGGUCUCCAUAGCUCAAGAAAGAAAUAGUGUGGUAAUGGCGCUGUCAGUAGUUCGUCCGAGCCAGGAAGAGCCCACCCUACCGCCGGCCGGGAAGCAAUUCAGCAACCAGCUCGCUGCCGCUGUGAGGAGCACCAACUGGAGCUACGCCAUAUUCUGGUCCAUUUCAACCAGCCGUCCAGGGGUUCUGACGUGGAAGGACGGGUUCUACAACGGCGAGAUAAAGACGAGGAAGGUCACCAGCUCAGCGGAUCUCAGCGCCGACCAGCUCGUCCUGCAGAGGAGCGAGCAGCUGCGGGAGCUCUACGAGUCCCUCCUCUCCGGCCAGUGCGACCACCGGGCGAGGCGCCCCGCCGCCGCGCUGUCGCCGGAGGACCUCGGGGACGCCGAAUGGUACUACACCGUCUGCAUGAGCUACGCCUUCCGGCCUGGCCAAGG